AUGGGCAACAAAGCAUCGCUCGCGGCGGAUCUGCCUACCAGAGCCCGUGCAGCCGAUACUAGCCGUCGUCGCCAGCCUAAUGAGCUCUGCGAAUGGUGCAGCAGGCUCGAAGUCAGGGCCAUGCUGCUGGAGGAAAAGGUCGAGGUGAAGAUGGGACCCCUUUCAGAACAUCUCACGCCAGACUGUCCCUUUUGCAACCUGAUAUCGGGGACAAUCCGUCAAAACUGGGGUCCUGGUUGGAGUUCGGAGCGUCUGUGUGCUGAGACUACUCCCGUCCCCCGGAUCUUCAUGCAGAGUCGCAGCCCUUUCUCUAUUAAGAUCAACGGUCAUAUAGAGCAUCCGCAGCCACGUCUUCUCAUGGCCAUAGACGUGAGACCGCCGGGUUACAGCGAGAACCGCAGGGUCAUACGAGAAGUUGAUCGCGUGAAGGACCGUUUCAUCAUUGCUGAAAUAGAAUCUGUGCCUGGCGACUAUGAUGACUCUGAGUUGAAGGAGGCAUCGCUGGUCCCCCGCCGUGAUGUAGGACCGGAGAUCGACUACAAGCUCGUCAAAACAUGGCUCAAGCUCUGCCACGACCAUGAGCAUACUCUCAAAGCCAAAGAGCUGAUGACUUUUGAGAUGUUCGAUAGUAGGAACGGGUUUCGCCUGAUAGACGUGGAGAAGCAAUGCCUUGUUCUCGUCAAGGAAGCUUGCGCUUUUGCAGCACUCUCCUAUGUUUGGGGGAGACUUCCGACCGUGUUGCAACCAGGCGACAGCAAUGGACAGAAGCCCGUCUUGCUCACUACACUUGAUAACCUUGACAAGCUGAGUACCCCUGGAGGCCUAUCUCCCGAGGCGAUUGACAAGCUGAACACUGGUCGUCUGCCUCAGACCAUACACGACGCCAUGCUCUUCCUGCGGACUCUUGGCAUGCGAUAUCUUUGGGUCGACACCCUCUGCAUCGUCCAGGAUGAUCGAAAGGACAAGGAGUUUAUGAUUCAGAGCAUGGACGACGUCUAUGAUCAUGCUGCGGUCACCCUCAUUGCUGCGUCGGGAAGCAAUGCAGACGCUGGUCUGAGAGGUGUAAGCUACCGAGACGGCCGGCCCAUCAACUCCUUCACCAUCAUCGACGACGGGAUCACGGAACACCUCAGCAUAUGCCCGCCAUCGCUAGGAGAGGAAGUGCGCGCUUCGGUUUGGAACACUCGAGGCUGGACAUUCCAGGAGCAAGCGCUCUCACAGCGGUGCCUGUACUUCACCCCCGAAGAGCUCUUCUUCAACUGUAUCAAGUUGCAAUGGAGAGAGGCAUAUGCGCUAGAAUCUAUCGAUCCAAAGACGAAACUGGAGAUGAGGACAGGGCCGCCAUGGUGGAACAGGAAGCUUAGACAAGAUUUGGAUCCGACUCCGUAUCGAUACCUGGGAGACCUGACAGGCUCGCUUACGAUGAAAGACUACCAGGCCGCAGUGCAGGAUUACAGCCGGAAGACGCUCUCCUUCCCAGAGGAUGUACUGCAUGCGUUUGAGGGAGUCGUCAACAGGUUCAACAAAUGCACACCCUUUGGCUCCAUAUCAUUGGAGCAGACGCAGGGCAUCCCCGUUCACCUUUUCCACAAGGGCCUUCUUUGGUUUCCUUCGGAGGAGGCGCACAGGCGGGUCUGCCCCAACAUAGAGGGAGCCCGUUUUUCCUCUUGGUCGUGGGCAUCCUGGGAAGGGCCGGUUGAGUUUGUCUUUGCAGACAGUCUGUGGCUUUCAAGAAACAUUUCCUAUGCGCCGCACCACAAUGUCCCGAUGCACAUGUUGAUACUAAAUUGGCAUUACGGAGGUGACAAGAAGACUAUCAAGUGGCAGGAUGUAUCUAAGUGUACUCUUAAGCGAGGCAGACCAGCAAAGACGGCUGAUCUACCUGAUCCAACCAAACUACUCCGGGAAUACGUUCAAAAAGACGUAGGGAUAGAUGUAGACGCGCUGGUGAUCACGGGCAAGGAGGACGUGAUAGAGUCACUAGGGCUCGGCGAUGUGGGGUUCCGGGGGGCCUAUAUCGAUGCCGCCCACGUUUCACUCUCAGCGAAGGGCAAAAGCAAGCGGAUACACGCGUUCGAGUUUGGCGGCCACCGCGGGGAGUUUAGAUUUGACGCCGAGGGCUCUACUGAGGUGAAUGAGUUUGUUGCCGUGCUCACAGCCGACACGAUCACGAAACCCCCCGACAUUGAGUCCAUCUUCCUGGGCUUGGUGACGGUUGACGGGGUAUCAAGGAGAGUUGGCAUUGGCUGGGUAUACUAUUCCAGAGCGGAGAGCGCGUCGAGACCGCCUUGGGAGUACAAGUUCUUCACGCUGAGAUGA